AUGGAAAUCCCAAGGCCCAAGGAAGGAGAUGUCGACAUCGGCACAGCCACAUUCGAUGCCUGCUGGUCAAGGCCUGGGUACGAUGGGCUCUACCUCAAGUCACUGCCCCCGGCCGAGUCUGGGGGUAUUGAAGAUCUUUUCUUUCUGAUAGCCUACGGCUUUGAUCUGACCCAUAUGACCAUGAUCCAGAUGAGUUCCAACUGGGGCUUGGGCCGUCAUUACUUCUACUUGAAUGCCACGGAACGAUUCCAUGCCAUGAAAUGGGAUUUCAUGUCCCAGCCCAUCGCCGUGAGCUCGGCCAUGGUGUCUCGCACCGGAAUGAUGUGGUUCUUGUUGACCUGCUUCGCCGCGAGCGAUAAGAAGAUCCGAAUCUCCAUCAUUGUUUGUGCCAUUGUCCAAAUUGUCGUCAACAUGGUCACGGUGGUGCAGAUCAUUGUCCAGUGUGGACCGAACCCGUAUCGUACAGCCAAUCGUGUUCUAUUCUUCCACUAUAUGUGGACUCCUCUGCCUGAGGACGGCUCAGUUGUGUGCCAGUCACCCUUAGUCCAGACUACCGUGGGCUUCGUGCAAGGAGGUUUCAACAGCGUCAUUGAUUUCUUCUUGGGGUUUCUCGCUGCCAUGGAGCUAUGGCAAUUCUUCCUUCGGACUCUAAACCGUGACCAUCAUGUGUCAUUCUGGUCUCAAUUCCGCAAGAUCAACAGCACCGUUCGGUCCCGUCGGAUCUGGCAGACUCUCACGUUGUGUGGUCCACUGAUCCUUUCGGGCGCUGCCUCCAUAGUCAAGACCUAUAAACUGAAGUCUUUGGGUGACCGUCUAGACUUUACUUAUAACAUUGUCUCUUUCGUCCUUUGGGUGAAAAUCGAAAACUAUAGCAUCCUCAUCGCCUCAUGUGCGCCUGUGGCUCGGCUCUUCCUCCGUGCAUUUGUCGACUCCCGCCGUGACGGUCGAUUGGCUGGGUACUGGUCCAAGUCACGGUCCAACAAUGGCGAGAAUACGAAUCACUCCAACGACACGGAGUUAAAGCGCCGCCGCAAAGACCACUGGAUGGAUUCGGCGACGGUGACCAAUUGGGACGAAGAAAGUCCUAUUCCAAACUGGAGUAACAACGAACGCUCCGAGAGCCGGAUUUCAAGGGCUCAACCUCCUGAGAAUCCUAGUGAUGGCGUUACGGUUAAGACUGAUAUAACCGUACAGGUGGAUGACGACCGGUCCGUCUCUUCUGGUGGCGCGCGGCUUUUGCCAGAUGGUGGUGAGCCUCCUCGCAGGCAUGAGAACCGAAGAUCCGGUUGA